ACCAAAACCCCAUUCUUCUCCAACAUCUAUGGAGGCUACUCCAUACCCCUGAGCUUUGGCACCCCUCCCCAAACCCUCCCCUUCAUCAUGGACACUGGCAGUGAUUUAAUUUGGUUCCCUUGCAGCAAAAACUACCAGUGCAUCAAUUGCUCCACUUACCACAACACCGCCAAAAUCAAAUCUUUUAUUCCCAACUUGUCCUCAUCUUCCAAACUCCUUGCCUGCUUGAACCCCAAAUGCGCUCUGCUUCACCAAAAAAUUCAGUGCCCAGAUUGCAAACUCGGUUCGAAAAACUGUACCCGGGGCUGCCCUUUGUACAAAAUCGUCUACGGCUCUGGCACAACAAUUGGAAUUCCACUCUCUGAAACGCUGCACCUCCCGACCCGACGCGUACCCGAUUUCCUUGUGGGCUGCUCCGUUCGCUCUACCCACCAACCCGCCGCUGGCAUUGCCGGGUUGGGUCGCGGCCCAGCUUCUCUCUCUUCCCAAUUGGCCGUCAAAAAAUUCUCCUACUGCCUUCUCUCUCGCCUCUUCGACGACACUAACAAAAGCAGCUCACUCGUCCUCGUCGGCGGCAAAGACUCCGUCAAGAAAACUAAAGGCGUCAGCUACACGCCGUUUGUGAAAAACCCAGAAGUCCCCAAGAAGCCUUUCUCCACCUAUUACUACGUCGGCCUCCGCCGCAUCAAUGUGGGAGGGCGGCGCGUGAAGAUUCCGUACAGAUACCUGGGGCCUGACAAGAACGGCUCCGGCGGGACCAUGGUCGAUUCCGGGACCACCUUCACGCUGAUGGCGCAUGAAGUGUUCGAGCGCAUGACGGGAGAGUUGGAGAAGCAGAUGAAGGGCUAUAAGAGGGCGGAGGAAGCGGAGACUUUGACUACAUUGAGGCCGUGCUAUAAUUUUUCCGGGAUCGAAACGCCGGAGUUUCCAAGCGUGACGUUUCACUUCAAGGGAGGGGCUGAGAUGGCGCUGCCGUUGGAGAAUUACGUGGCCCCGGCCGGUGGGAAGAAUAAAUCUGUGCAAAAUGAGAGAAUCAAACCUCUGGUUGAAAGCAUGGAGGAAAGAUAGAAUAUCACUGCUGUUGCCGUAUGAUAUCAUCAACAUCUGGGUGAAAGCUUGGAGGGAUAUUCCAUUCAUGUCAAGAUAAAAGUUGUCAAACUCCAUGUGGUUUGACUUUGGUAUGCUCAUCUCUCUCUACCAUACCUUUCACAAAUUUAGCUCUAAAUAUUUGCAUAUGUUGGCACCAAUAUAGCCGUAAUUACGUUUAGUUUUUUACAUACACAACCAAUAAACAUGGCUCUUAAUUUCUUGCAAGAGCUAAAAAAAAUUGAGACCCACAUUUGCUAAGUAAGAAUUAACAGAUUUAUUAACGAUUUGAGCAACGGAGAGUCUCAUUUGUAGAGUUUCUAUAAAUUUGGGUACCAAUCGAACGGGUCUUUAAAGAUUGAAUAAAAGUUUGUAAUAACCCCGUCAUUUGGGGAAUUUACUAUAGUUGAUAUAAUAAAUGCUAACGGAAAUGUUGCUCCUUCUAUAA